AUGGCAACAUUGAACCAAGUCAUUCGAAAAAUGCGCAAGAAGACACCCAAACUUUCAAAGACCCCAGCACUCGACCAAUGUUAUCAGAAGAAGGGCGUUUGCAACAAGGUCUACACCACCAAGCCUAAGAAACCCAAUUCCGCUGUUCGUAAGGUCGCUCGUGUCAAGUUGACCAACGGAAAGGUCAUCAUUGCCUAUAUCCCCGGUGAAGGUCACAAUUUGCAAGAACAUUCAGUUGUUCUUGUUCGCGGAGGAAGAGUUCCUGAUCUUCCAGGUGUGCGCUAUCACUUGGUCAGAGGCGCUAUGGAUCUUCAAGGCGUUCCUACCAGAAUGACCAGUCGAUCCAAGUAUGGUACCAAAAAGCCUGCCAAGAAGGAAUAG